AUGGUUAAUAAAUGUUGUGUUUAUGGCUGUAAAUCUGGAUAUACGUCAGAAAAGCGUUCGGCGUCUGAGAUUACGGGAAACAGAAAAUCACAUGAUUUCAUCACAUCAUCUCAGGACAGCAAAAUCGCUCGUCAACGCCGAAACAACAAGGAUACGUUUUUGAUAAGACUUAAACCCGAUUCGGUUCCAACUAUUUUUUCUAAUAAUUCAAAACAUAUGUUGUGUGAAAAAACUACAUCAAGAUCAGGUAAUGCGCUUCGAAGCAGUAGGAGUAAUAAAGAAAUGGAAAGACUCAGAGAGUUGGAAAGAAAUUUUAUGGAAGAAGAUUCAAUCGUAGGUCGGAAGCUUGAAGAUAUUAAAAUGAAAUUAGAGAAAGAAAUAACUUUUUCUACUGAAUUUAUAAUUAAAUUCAUAGACAACAACAUGGUAUUACUAAUAGUAAAGGUUGAUGAAAAACAUCAUUUAUCUAUUAGUUGUUCAAUAUUAGUGACACCUGAGUUUCAUUUGUUUGUAGAAGUGUAUGGGGAAGCUAUCCUGCAAAAAAAUUAUAAUGAUUUACUGCAAGGAAAGUUAACCAAAUUUUCUCAAUUGUUAAAUAUUGCUGCAAGAUUCAAAGCCAUCAGUGAAUGUGACAGACCGCUAUCGUGGGACAUUAUUCUCACAAAUGGAAUCAGUAAAAUUGAAAAAUGUUUAGACCUUAUUGAUGAAAGCUCUUUGGAUAAUGAUGAAAUAAUUAAAACGAUAUCAUUUUUAAAAGAAGAAUUACAAUUAAUUUGA